GCAUCUGUCAACGCGCCCGUGUGACGUUUCUGCUGAUUUUCUCAACCGAGCGGAAGGAAAAAAAGCUGAAAGCGACCGAGCGACCGAGAAGAGCACCAACAAAGAUCCGGACAUCCUUUCUGUGGCCGCAGUGAACUAACUUCCAGCGAGUAAAACUAAGCGGGUUAGAAUGGCAUCCGUUACCUCGAAAACUCCGAUGCUCCGUGCGGCCGCGGCCCGUGGCUAUGCUGCACACGCACAGGCUGCCGCUGCCAGCCGUGGCUCGACCGAAGUGCAGACGACCACCUUGCCCAACAAGCUGGUUGUAUCGUCGGCCGAACCGAAUGCUGCCGUGGCUCGGAUUUCCAUCGCUUUCCGUGCCGGAUCGCGCAACGAAACUGCCGAUAGCCUGGGAGCGGCUCAUGUGCUGCGGGCGGCCGGUGGUCUGUCCACCAAGACCGCCACCGCUUUCGGUAUUACGCGCAACAUUCAGCAGGCUGGCGGUUCCCUGACGACUACGGCCGACCGCGAACUGGUGUCGUACAGUGUCGCCGUGACGAAAGAUCAGCUGGAGGUUGGUCUGAAGUACCUGGAAGCUACCGCCACCGGGCAGGUGUUCAAGCCCUGGGAGCUGGCCGAACUGACCCCGAUCAUCCGCAACGAGCUGGCCCGUCUGCCGACUGAGGUGCAGGCUGUCGAGCUGCUGCACAAGGCCGCCUUCCGUGACGGACUGGGCAAUUCGGUCUUCUGCCCGGAUUAUCUGGUCGGCAAGCAUUCGUCGGAGACGAUGCAGCACUACUUUGCGACCAACUGCACCACGAACCGUGCUGCCGUUGCUGGCGUCGGUGUCGAUCAUCAGCUGCUGGUUGGCUUUGCCCAGAGCCUUGCCCUGGAAUCGGGAGCCGGUAGCGAGAAUAAGUCCACCUUCAACACUGGUGAGGUGCGUCGCGAAGGUGCCGGUUCGCGCGCUGCCGUUGCUGUUGGCGCACAAGCCGUCGGAUGGAACUCGCUGAAGGAAGCGAUGGCUUUCUGGGUGCUGCAGUACGCUGCCGGUGUCGGACCGGCAACGAAGCGUGGUGCUAACAAUGGUGCGCUCACGAAGGCACUCAGCGGUGUUAACAGCAGUUCGCUGUUCAACGGAUACACUGACAAUGGCAUGUUCGGAUUCGUCGUAUCGGGCGAUGCGAAGAACGCGGGCAAGGCGGUUGAGGCUGGUGUGAAGGCCCUCAAAUCGCUCUCCGUAACUGAUGCGGAUGUGACGCGCGGUAAGGCGUCGGCCGUUGCUGCCGUGCUCGACAUUACCGAGAACCAAAGCUCGCUGCACCACCAGCUGGGCGAAGAGUCGGCCCUGCUUGGACAGGUGUACAAGAAGAGUGACCUGCUUGCUGCCGUUAAUGCCGUCACCGCUGGUGAUGUUCAAGCUGCCGCCAGGAAGGUUGCUUCCAGCAAAUUGGCUGUCGGUGCCGUUGGCAAUCUGUCCCACGUGCCGCAUCUUUGCGAUUUGCAUUAAAUCCCGUCAUUAAACGAUGGACGACUCACCUAACAUCGGGGAAAUGUUGUGGACACAAAAUGUUACUGUUUUUGUUUCUUCUUCCCAUGGGACUCCAUCCCCCGCCCCGGGUCGUCCCGCUAUGUCCACUACAACCACCAUACGCAUGAGGGAAAGAGACGCACUAUGCAUAGCAGACGCUGUAGUAUAAUUGAAACGUAAAAAGAAAACCCCCUUUCCGACGACACAACAAAGCUAACCACACAGAACGGACGCCGGUCAGGGCGACAUUGAAAUUUAUGGUAAAUGCGACCCUUUGGGGUCGCCGAUCGGGAUGGCACGGAAUAGAUUGAUGCUGUAUCGAUGUUCUCGGUGCAAAUGAUUUAUUCAAUAAAUAGGAUAAACGUCAGUAAAUCGUUCGUUGUUUCGAAAAGA